AUGCACAGACUGUUGUGGUUUGUAUUUAGCCUCUGUGAGCUUUUCUGUGCCUGUUCUCUUCAUCUCCAACGUAGUGAACAUAACGUAUUCCGUCAUCAGACAGUACUUUCAAAUAAGAAGCUGAAGUUGGUUAGCCUGAAAGGCAGAAGCGAACUGGCAAUGAAAACUUUUGGUAUGACAGAAUCUCUCGUGUCUAAUAUCGACCAACAAGUAGAGGACGAAAAUCAAGAUUCUCCUUUGCUUCAUUUGGUAUCCAACGUGGAUCGCUAUGGAAAAUGGUCAAAAUGGUCCGAGUGUGUUCGACGUAGCUGCAUUCAGUAUCGUUAUAGACGGUGUGCCGACAAUUCCUGGAAGCAUGUCUAUCUAAGUGAUUUCGGAAAACACAAGUGCCCAAGUGCAUUCAUUAUGGAGACACGUGAAUGCACAAAACGGGAGGCCUGUUUAGUAUCUGAGACGUUCCACAACUGCGGGAUUCGACCACUCUACAUGAACGUGGAUUUCAAAGUUAUGGGCGGAGAAAGCAGCUUUUCAAAUUCUUGGCCGUGGAUGGUUCGUUUGACGAUCAAAUCGACCUCAGACAAUACGAUGAAGAUGUGUGGAGGAACUCUAAUCACAUCCCAAUGGAUUCUCACUGCUGCGCAUUGUUUCUCCAAUCUUGCGAAGAAUAUUACAUUCGAUGAAAAAGAUUCACAUGAUGUUGAUGGAUUUGUCUUGGCGCACUUGGCAGACCACCGUGUGUCGGUGCUAGAGCAAAGUCAAAGGGAUCAUUUGGUUGAGGAAAUUGUGUUACAUUAUGAUUAUCACGAAGGACAGGCAAAUAACGGUGCAGAUAUUGCACUAUUGUACAUGGAAAAACCAGUUGAAGGACAUCCUAAAGUGAAGGUUGCUUGCAUGCCAGUCGACUUCACUGUCCCGGAUCUUGGUACGGAUUGCUACACUGUUGGAUGGGGCCAAAGUGAAGCAGGUUUCAUAGAUCAAAUGACGGGUGCCAUGACCCAACCACAGACAUCGGACGUAUUACGCCAGGUUGGAGUGACAGUUUGGAAUACUACGGAAUGCAGCAAGUACUACGGCAAUCUUGACGAAAAGCGAACACUUUGCGCAGGUUCGAAAGGAAAGGGUGCCUGUUUCGGUGACAGUGGUGGUGGCCUAUAUUGCAGGUCCCCAUAUUCGAGAGCUUGGUUCGUUGCCGGAGUGACAAGCUUCGGAGCAAGAGACAGCUGCGGACACAUCCCGGAUGUUUACACUUCAGUCACAGCGCAUCGGGAUUGGAUUUGGGGAAUAAUUACUGGCUCAACAUCAGAGCUGGAUAUGUAUUCUGAACAAUUAGGAUUUGAAGGAAAACUGAUGGAGAGAAUAAAAGGUAAAGCGGAAGGCGGUGAACUGGAUGAUCUCAUUGCAGAGAUUGACAGAAAGUUGAUGGAGAAAAUAGAGAAUGCCGUUGCAGGAGAUGAAUCGGUUGAUACCAUUGCAGAUAAGGAUCAAUCUGUAACGACAGAAAUGGAAACGGAAGAAAGCAUGAUAACUGAAGUUAAAAGAAACCUGACAGAGAGAAUAAAGCGUGCGCCCGAACGAGGUGGACUGCCUGAUACCACUGCAGGUGAGACUGGAAUUAUGUAA